GGCGGAGGUUUGCGGAUUUCGCGAGUGAUAGUAGCGAUGGAAAAGGGGAGCUACGGAGAUAAAUAGGAAGUGUGUCGCAUGGUAUUUACAGAGCACAGGACGACUUCAUUCGACAAACUCAGACAUCGACAAGCUCGACUGAACGACAACAAUGCGCUUUGCAACUUCCACCAUCGUCAAGGUCGCCCUUCUGCUCGGCAGUCUCUGUGUCGACGCCGCGGUGAUGUGGAAUCGCGAUGCCGGCAAUACUGAUCUGGAAACACGCGCUAGCUCCGGGUAUCGCUCCGUCGUUUACUUUGUCAACUGGGCAAUUUAUGGGCGCAACCAUAAUCCUCAGGACCUCCCUGUUCAGAGGCUCACGCACGUCCUCUACGCCUUCGCCAAUGUGCGUCCCGAAACCGGGGAAGUCUAUAUGACAGACUCCUGGGCCGACAUUGAGAAGCAUUACCCCGGUGACUCCUGGUCUGAUACCGGUAACAAUGUCUACGGCUGUAUCAAGCAGCUGUAUCUCUUGAAGAAGCAAAACCGUAACCUCAAGGUUCUCUUGUCCAUUGGCGGGUGGACCUAUUCUCCCAACUUUGCUCCGGCGGCUAGCACCGAUGCUGGACGGAAGAACUUUGCGAAGACUGCGGUGAAGUUGUUGCAGGACUUGGGCUUUGAUGGGCUGGAUAUCGAUUGGGAGUACCCUGAGAACGACCAGCAAGCGAACGACUUUGUUCUGUUGCUCAAGGAAGUGAGAACUGCGCUGGACAGUUAUAGUGCUGCAAAUGCGGGCGGCCAGCACUUCCUUCUGACGGUGGCUUCUCCGGCUGGUCCGGAUAAGAUCAAGGUCCUUCACCUCAAAGACAUGGAUCAGCAACUGGACUUCUGGAACCUCAUGGCCUACGACUACGCCGGCAGUUUCUCGUCUCUAACUGGUCACCAGGCCAACGUCUACAACGACACCUCUAACCCGCUCUCCACUCCCUUCAACACCCAGACCGCACUCGAUCUGUACCGCGCCGGUGGAGUCCCCGCAAACAAAAUCGUCCUGGGCAUGCCUCUCUACGGGCGCUCCUUUGCUAACACCGACGGUCUUGGCAAGCCUUAUAACGGCGUUGGCCAGGGCAGCUGGGAGAACGGAGUGUGGGACUACAAGGCGCUCCCGCAGACUGGUGCCACGGAGCAUGUCAUUUCCAACAUCAUGGCAAGCUACAGUUACGACGCGACGAACAAGAUUUUGAUCAGCUAUGACAACCCUCAGGUGGCGACUAUGAAGUCUGGCUAUAUCAAGUCCUUGGGAUUGGGAGGCGCCAUGUGGUGGGACAGCAGCAGCGAUAAGACCGGAAGUGAUAGUCUGAUUACCACGGUAGUAAAUGCACUUGGAGGCACGGGAGCCUUUGAACAGAAUCAGAAUGAAUUGGACUAUCCGGUGUCGCAGUAUGAUAACCUGCGCAAUGGCAUGCAAACCUGAAGUAUAUGGUAGCUCUUCUUUCGUGGUGGAGUGAGGCAUUGAGUGGAGGCGGGGAGGGUGAAAUGCUGGGCAUGAUGAUAUAGGGAUUUCAGAUUGUGGUAUUUGUUCUUAUGCACAUUCAAUCGAGCUUAAGCUUCAUAUAUUGCUGUAUACGGGAUCCGCGGAUUCCAUUCUCGUUCCAUCGGACAUCCGACGCCGAUCAGUUCCAUGCCAAGACAGUAUUUCUGAC